AUAUUCACGGAAUCUCAAGACGUUCCGGGAUUUAUUGCAAACAGAUUAUUAAUGCCAUAUAUUAAUGAAGCAGUUAUUGCCUUGGAACAAGGUAUCGCUUCACGUGAUGAUAUCGAUACAACAAUGAAAUUAGGUACAAACGUUCCAAUGGGACCAUUAACUUUGGCCGACCAUAUUGGUUUAGACACUUGUUUAGCUAUAAUGAAAGUUUUGCAUAAAGAGAUUGGAGAUACUAAAUAUAGACCCGCUGUAUUGUUACAAAAAUAUGUUGAUGCGGGUCGGUUAGGAAAAAAAUCUGGAAAAGGUUUUUAUGAAUAUUAA